AUGUUCUUGACCUUUCCUGUCGGUCUGCAUAUUCUUCUGUUCAUCUCGAUUCUGUAUCAUCACACUCUUUGCGAUAUACUGGUUGCUUUACCACUUCUCAACCAGCGAAGUUUCAAAACCCGCUGGCAAUUUAGGAAGAUGAGUCUGCGGGGUCUGGUCUUGGUCUUUGCAAUCUUUUCGUCUGUCAUAGAUGCCAUUCCGACAAUUGCCUACCCAUUGAACUCUCAGGUCCCGCCUGCAGCACGAAUCUCGACUCCUUUCUCCUAUGCCUUUUCCACUUCGACAUUUUCAUCCACUCUUCCUAUGACAUACACUCUGUCAAGCGGUCCUAAGUGGCUCUCAUUAGAUAGCGACUCUCGGAUACUCUCUGGAACACCUUCGACCGAAGAUGUGGGCACCGAUACAGUUACUGGUGUUCCCAUUGGCUUGACAGCCAGCGAUUCCACUGGCUCAAUUACAUUGAAUGCAACACUGGUGGUUUCUAAGAACCCAGCACCUUCAGUGCAAGUACCAGCAACCCAAUUGGCCUCCUCAGGCAAAUUUUCAGCUCCAUCAACACUGCGUUACCACCCUUCAACGCCGUUCAAUUUCAGCUUUCAACCCGCAACAUUCACGAGAAGUGAUGGCAGCUCAACAUUCAUCUACUAUGCAGUAACUUCUACCAACACGCCACUGCCCUCCUGGAUUCAUUUCGACGACAGUACGAUCUCGUUCACUGGACAGAGUCCAGACUAUCAGUCGCUUAUACAACCUCCGCAGACAUUUGGAAUACAGCUCAUAGCGACGGAUAUUGAGGGUUUCGGGGGUGCCUCAUUAUACUUUGAUAUUGAAGUUGGCGUUCACCUACUGGCCUUCAAGAACACCGAGAUGGUGAUCAAUGGAACAGUAGGAGAGACUCUCCGCUUAGAUGGGCUGUUUCAAGAUCUGGAACUGGACGGCCAGGCUCCGAAUUCAUCGGAUAUAGUUGCAACGUCUGCUCAAAUACCAUCAUGGAUGACCUUCAAUAACUCAAGUCUCGCACUCACUGGCACUGUGCCAGUUGAUGCCGCCUCUUUCAAUAUCACGGUCCAGGUGACAGACAUCUAUGGCGAUACAGCCGAGGCUUUUAUUCAGAUCAUAAUCCCAGUUUCUCUAUUCAGCAAAUCCAUUGGAAGUCUGAACGCAACUACAGGCUCAACCUUUUCAUAUGACCUAGGCAUCUACCUCACCAAUAGAUCUGACACGGAGAUGAUGGCGCAAAUACUCCCUCCGCAAGCAUGGAUCUCUUUCAACCCGCAGACGUUAAUUAUUGCAGGGCAAAUACCGCCUUCCACACAACCAUCAACGAUUUUGAUCACAUUGUCGGCAACAUCGAAGUCACGCCAAACUACAAAGUCCCAGGCUUUCGAUUUGUUAAUAUUCGCGAACAAUCAGACCCUAACAUCAACCGCGCCACAUCAUUCAACCACACUUACUUCCCGAACAUCCCAAGUUCCGACCAGUUCGAGAACAGUGGAGACAAGCUCCAUCGCGGCGAAUUCGCCUAAACGCCUUGGCAAUGAUAUUAUUCUAGCCAUAGUAAUACCUCUUGGGAUACUGUUCCUAGCCAUGUUAUUGAUACUCUGCUGUUACUAUCCACGACGGCAUGCGGCGAAGAAGCUGAAAGAAACUGGCAAAGUCGAGAAACGUUCCAUAUCAUCCCCUCUGGAAGCAACACCAAGUAUUGCAGAAAGCUUCCAAACGAUCGAAUCAGUAUCCACAAUUCCACCCCCACCCCCUCUCCAGCUGGAUAUGUCUGGAUUCGGUAUUCAGAAUGAUGCGAGACCUGGGACUGUCUUGGGACCGAUCUCAGGGGCGGAGACUGCAGAAGGCAGGAGGCAUCCAAGUGGCGUCGCAAACAAUCCCCUGAGGCGAUCACUGACCAUGUCAACUGCUCCAGGCUCGCAGGUCUCUCAUCUGAGUCAAUCACACCAUUCUGGAUUUGGAAAUAGGGCUCGGUCUAAAUCCGACAACGCCCUGUCUGACGAUAGCUGGAGAUACACCCAGAACAGCGAAUAUCUAACAAUGAGAUCAUCUGGAACAAGUUCUUCCCAGACGCAUAACUUAAACCGAAACUAUUCCAACUACUCUCGCAAAGGCCACUCUCGACGGCCAACUAUGUUUCUCUCCGCGAAUCAAGUUCACCCUACUACGCAUAGCAAUCCUCCUAUUCAACCUCGCGAGAGCACGAUUCUCAAUCUCAGAGAUAGUAACUUUUCGCUUACGCCACUUGAAAGCUUCUCUGCGCUAGAGAAAGGAAGUGUUCUUACAGACACGAACGCAGCCUUGCCAUCCGUCCUACCAUCCACAGAAGUUCCAAUCCCCCCGAAAUCUGCAAAACGACAAUCCCGGUUCAUUACAACCACGGAUAGGUCCAGAGGGAUCGGUCAUGGCCGACAAGAGUCCAUCUUAUCCUUCUCUGGAAUUCCUGCGAAGAGACGAAGCAUCGGUCAUGGACAAGACUGGUCAGAUGGCCGGGGCUUGGAUAGGGAUCCAAGGAACUUGUUUAAUACAGCUAACUUACCUGGGAACGAGAAGCGAAGAAGUAAUGCCGGCACAUCAUCGCCCUUUGAGUCACCCAAAAGAGCCUCGGUCUCCCCAAGAAAAACCAUAAGACAAGUCACCAAAAGUCCAUCGAUACCACCCCAAUCCAUGGUUCUCUCAGAAAGUAGCGGGAACUCCCGCCUCUCUCGUCCAGUUAGUAGAAGGGUUGGCUCAUCCCCCUUCUUUGGAGGCUCAUCAAUUAGAACUUCCGGGAAGAUAAGCAAGAAGCCUCGCCGAACGUCCUACGCAGACUCUCCUACCGUCCCAGAAGAAGCUAUCAUGGAUACUCUCGAGGCGACUAUCGCGCAAGGCCUGCGCGAUAUGAGUGAUGAACUAGAUCAUCGCGAUUCUUUUGGCAUCUCAUAUGGUAUGGCAAGAGAAGAGACUAGGCAGCUCAGAUCUUACAUCCAGAGUCAUCUCGGAGGACGAACAAGGACGAGAACUAGCAUACGCUCAUACGAGUCGAGGGAUAGUCGGUUCGAGUCCGCGACAGGCUCGAUAUCGCACACGGAGAGAAGCCCCCACGGGGAGCCACCAAGAGGCGAUGAGUUCUACGAAGACUAUACUCCAGACGGUUUUUCGGACGGGAGCUGGGAAACGCAGAGGAGUGCGAGGGACGAUGAGGGUAGCGUAGUGACAGAUGGCGAUGGUUUGCAAAGUCCCGAACAUGGAUAUGGGAACUCGAAAUCGACUCCAGCUACUCCAGAGAUAGGCAGAGCAGCGAGGAUUGUCAAUGGAGCCGGAAGGAGGCCUAUGAGUGUCGAUGCGAGAGGAGUGAAGAGAGUGCACACACAGAGGGGCGAGAUGGAUCAUACGGCUUAUAUCUGA